CAGACCAGCAACGGGCACACCAGCAGAAAAAAAAAAGUGUUGAUGAAAUUAGGGUAAUGCUGCGAAUAUAAACAAAGGAUUGAGUGGAAAACGUAUUACACACAUUGGUUGGCACUUCCCCAUCAGGCAAUGAGUUUCAAUUUAUACGUGGAAUCGUUCAAUUCAACGUUGCAGUCGAUUGCGCGACAAGUGGAGCAAUUUGCUGGCGUUGCACUGACGGCAGCAGUCGAUCUGCGCGGAAAUCUGGAAUCCUUGACCGGUGACUUUCGUUGGGAAAACGGACCCAUUGCCUUCACCGAUCUGCAGGCGACGCUGCUGAAGGUGCUCAUCGUGCUGCUUCUGGGCACCUGCGUACUAGCCGGCUAUUCGUGGUCCGUUUACGGCCAAGUCAUUACGGAGAAGUUUGUCAGGCCAAGCACGCUCAAGGAAAUCGAGGAGCUUAAAUUGUCGGUGGCCAAGUUGAAGCUGCCCAAGGAACACUCGCCGCGCAUAUAGAAACCAUGUCCAAGAUUAAGAAGUUCUUUUCGCGGAAGAAGGCGGAGGCUGCCUUUAAGCUCAAUUUAAGUGGCAGCGGCAUGGGCACUGGC